UAUUUAUGAGCACAAUUGAUAGUACUGAAAAUAGAAGAAUAAAAAUGUCUUCCUUUAAUUAUAAGUGCAAGUGUAAUGAGCCGGCAAAAAAAACAAUUGUAAGAAAAGAAGGCCCAAAUAAAGGUCGAGCAUUUCAUGCGUGUGCCAAAAAACUAGGCAACAGUUGCAAGUUUUUCAGGUGGGCUGACAAAAAAUCAGCAUCAAAAUCGGAGCAUGAUAAUUUAGAAGAAAAUUUACAAGCAAGUAAAAUAAAUGUAAAUGAAGGUAAUUUAAUCUGCGUUUGUGGAGAACUAGCUUGCAAAUUUGUAGUAAAAAAAGAAGGAGCCAACAAAGGCAGGUCUUUUUACGGGUGUUCGAGAGGUCAAGAAAGCGCUUGCGAGUUUUUUCAAUGGGCAAAUAUCGACGUUGCCGCCCGGAAACAACCUUCCGCCGUUCAACAACCUUCAGAAAAUAAUUUAGAGUGGGAAUGGGAUGAGGACGAGGAUUGGGAUAGGGACAGGGGUGACGAUCAAAAUAGACUCGACGAUCAAUACACCUCUGGAACGUUGAACUCUGUUGGGAACCAAGUCAGGUGUAUUUGUGGUCAGCUAGCGCGAUUACAAACUGUGGAAAAAGACGGAGCGAACAAAGGCAGAGAGUUUUACACAUGCUCCAAGGAGUCUCCUAAAUCAUGUGGGUUUUUUGAUUGGGCGCAAGAUUAUUCUACUAGAAGCGCCGGCAGUAUUCCAGCCAAAAAAAAACCCGCUCAACCUAAAAAAAAACUUGGUGAUAAAAAAUACGGUUCUCUUUUUUGAUUUAUUUAGAUUUUAUUGAUACUACUUGAAUAUUCCAUUGAAAUAUAAAGUUUAAAUUAUAAUUUACAGUAUUAACUGAAUAUUUAAUAACUAAUUUACAAAUGAAUAAAAAAAUUAAACUUAGAUAAGAUAAUUUUAAAACUCAAUUCGUUUUUAAAUUUAUUUUAUAGUACACAUAUAGGUAUUACUGAAAAUAUACAUAUGAUUAAAUUGCUAUUUAAUAAAGCAAUCUCGAUAGUCGUUUGGGGUUUCAAUGAUUAAAAAAAUUUUAUCUAUAAUGUUUACUUAAUAAUUAAUUAAAUUUAAAUAAUAAUACAUUCUUUAACAAUCAUCAGACCUCCACCGAACAAUAGUCUUUCAUAUCAAUACAACUCGUCACCAUCAUCAUCUACAGCACAGCCAGACGCUUUCAUCACAUUCUCGUCGUAAUCCUCAUACCUCACAUCUCAGCUCUUUUUUAAUAAAUUUAUUUUCACAAAUACACAACGUUAAUUAACCCGUUUAACGUGAUUAAUAUUACGUUUACAAAAAGAGUAGUUAGUUAUAUUGGGUUUGUUUUUUUUUUAAUUUAUUUUUUCGCGAUUAGUAGCUGUUCAAACUUGGACAAUCGCAGGUAAUGUCCCCAAAACUUACACACGUAUUUAUAUAAUAAAUAUAUAUGCGAGUAUAUAUUAUUAUUAUAUAUAGAAUAUACUAGUCGCAGGAUCGUUAAAACGACUCGUUCAGGUACGUUUCAAGACAUGUGCGACUUUCCAAAUAUGACGUAAGGUACUUACUACUGAUACACUAUUUAUGUGAUAGUAGACACGACGAUUAUCGAUUUUUUUUUUUUUUUUUAUAAUUUUCUUUUAAAUUAUUUAUUUUGUUUCUUAUCUAAUGAUGACAUGUGGCGUAUAAAACAUAUUUUAUAUUUAUAUAUUUAUAAUUAAUUAUUAUUUAUAUGAUUAAUAUUAUUUUAACUAUUGGCCUUCAUUUCAGUUAAUCCAUCACGUUUCCUUUUAUUUUAAAUUUACACUCAUAGGCGAGUUUGCGCUAGAUUAAAAAAUUACUAGCGCUUGUUUUUAUUAUUAUUAUUAUUAUUUUAGAUGUUUGUAUAUUUUAAAACGACAUAGUCGAUUACAAUUUUUUAUUAAUCAUUUUGUUGAUAAAACACUUCUCAGAAGUGGCCCCACAAAAAUCGUGCCACAAUUUUUUAUCCCUUUAAUUACAUUAUCGGUUCGCAAAUACAAUUAUUAUUAUUAUCAUUAUGUUUUUAAUGAAAUUUGUUAUUGUUUUUCAAUAAACAACUCGUGCGAUUUAAAUUGUCAGUAAUUUUUUCAGCGGCCUAAAAUUCGGUUUAAAUUAUCAAAUUAAAAUAAAAAAUAAUAAUUCGUAUUAAUUAUGAAAUAUUUAGUAUCAACAACAAUAACAAUUAUAUCGAUAAUUAUAAUUAUUGUUUUAAUUUAAAAAACCGCGUGAAUAAAAAUUUGAUUUAUUUGUUUCUCAUUUUCAGUCUGUACUCUCCUAGUUAAUUAAUAUAACGCAGAGAACGUUAAUUAAUAAAAACAGUCUAUCAUUAAAAA